AUGAAAAUUAUAGACAAUCUUCAUAGACAAAUUUAUUCUCCUAAUACUAUUUUUUUUGAUGACAAUUCAGAUAAGACAAUGGCUAGUAUCUUACUUCGGUGGUGUCACGCUAAUAAGUUUUGUAUUAUUUACAAUUCAGAAAGUCAAGAAUUAUCAACAAAACAAGUAUGGAGAACUCUUCAAGGCAGAACAAAUAUUGUCACAGUUAUUUGUACAACUACUGGUAAUGUUUUUGGGUCAUACCAUUCUAUCAUACCAAAAAGACAAUCUUCUAUUCUUUGUGAUGAUAAAAAACAUUUCAUGUUUACGUUGAAGAAUCCUUAUAAUGUUCCACCUACUCGUUUUAAACAAAACCUAAAAAAUGAAAACCAAUUAAUUAUUCAUCGUGACAUUCAAAACAGUUGGAUAUUUGGAGUUGGGUAUGGAUUUCAUAUUCGAGGAGAAGAUAAAAGUUAUAUUGGGUCAGCUUCUGGAGAGCAAUUAAAUAGGGGAUAUAUAGAUACAGUUGGCCUUAAUAGUGAUAUCUUCAACGACUCUCAUUACCCAUCUUAUUUUAGUUUUUCAAGAAUUCUCUUUGUUCAGUUGUACUAA